ACGCAAUCCAGAACCGACCGGUCCGUCCCUCCCGCGUGUUGCCUAAGCAUCCAUCCUAGAGUCACUGACGCCUACUAAUAUCCAGUCUUCACCCAUGGCUGCUCACAAGCGUACAGGCAGCAGCCACGGGGUCGGGACCACUGGCCAACCGAGGCAACUGCCGGGGGCAGCGUGUGAAGAGUGUCGAAAGCGGAAGCUGCGAUGCGACAGACAGCGACCGCAAUGUGGAACAUGUGCCGACGCCGGUAUUGUCUGCGAGAUCAACAACAACCGCCUCGCAAGGGGCCCCAAGAAAGGCGACCUAAAAGCGCUGCGCAGCCGCAUCGUUGCGUUGGAGCGCCGGCUCAGCAUCGACAACAGCGCUGAAACGCUGUCGAUUCUCACAGGCGAAUCGCUCCCCGCGACGGCACCCGAUCCUCACACAGCUACGCCAAUCUCGGAUGGGGGAUCUCCAACGCUUGUCUCACCAGGUCACAACUCCACAAUCUGGGACGGCGAAAUCAACGUGCAGGUUCCUCCCAUGACCCCCACAUCCGAUUCGAUGGGCUUUUCAACCUUCAAGUUCCCGCCCACACCGCCAUCGCCACAACGGGGCACUUUUGUUGACGACCUAAUGCGGGCAGACCUCGACCAGUUGUACUUUGACAGAGUCCACCCAAAUGUUCCCAUCUUCAACCAGUCACGGUACUUUGCUCGGGCGCGGCAGACCCAGCACGGCGAUGGACCCAGCUACAUGCUCUGCCUCCAGUACGCGAUGUGGACACUUUCGAUGGCGCUUUCGUCUCAAUUCGAGAGCUCCCGAGAGAUGCUAUACAAUGAGACGCGACAAAUGCUCGAGGCACUGGACCUAACCGAUGACGAUUUGCAACCAGUACGCAUCGAGCACGUCCAGGCGUGGCUACUCGUGGCCUAUUACGAGUUGGCCCGUGCGAGCUAUCGCCGGGCCUCGAUCAGUGCCGGGCGGGCGUUCCGCCUCGUCCAACUCGCCCGCCUGCAUGAGGUGGACAACCCUGAAAAUACUGUCGAGGGGGAAGAUGCCGUGGCUAGAGAGGAACGAAGGAGGACAUUCUGGGUGGCCUACUGUCUCGAUCGCCUUGGUUGCCUCAAGAGCCGGUGUCCACCGACGCUGACUGAAGAAGUGAUCUGUACCCGCCUCCCGUCCCCGGAGUUGGCUUUUCAAAGCGGCCAUCCAAUCCCGGGUUGUUUUCUGCCAGAAGCGAUCGCGUCAGGCGACCACAACUUCCUCUCCCCCCUUGCGGAAUCUGCCGUAACCGUCACCAUCUGCGGUCGUGCGUUAUCACAUAGCAAUGUCUCUGGCGUCGAACGGGCGUUUGGAAACCCGUCGCUUGAUUUUUGGAUCCGGCACGAAUGGGUGGACGGCAUCCUGACGCGAACACUCGACUCCUUGUCAUUGAACGCACCCGUCGUUUCAGCCAUAGCCGAUCCCAUGAUAUUCUUCGCCUUCAUGGUGGCCCACGCAACAACUAUCCUCAUGUGCCAGAUCACGGAAACGUCGAGAAUGGAUGAGCAGUCGCACGCCAAGGUUGCCGAAUAUCGCUUGCGUGCCACGCGGUCUGCGCAGGAAAUUGCUAGGAUGGCCAAGGCACACGAGCAUAUCGGAUAUUUCAAGGUGAGACAUGCCCGUCCUCUUGUGUCGCUGACAUCGGCGCAGCGUCCAGUCCGUGUCGUACACGCGAGACUAAUGCACAAUGCACGAGGAUAGGCUCACAUAUUCAUGCCGUUAGCCGUCUUUUUCGGCGCGUCGCAGCUGGCGGCGGACCGCAAAAGACGACUAAACGGCGACUAUGCCUUUCAAAGUCGCCCGCUCGAGACUGAAGGCGAGUCGACACUUGACGACGACUUCCAAGCUUGUAUGGAUGCGUUGAGGAAGGUGCAGAGCUUUAAUCAUCUUGCGCGGGAUCAUUUGGCGGUCCUGGAGUCUCAGGAGUUUGUUCUCGGA